AGAAAGAGAGAAGAGUUAACCAAGAUGGCAGGAAUUCUGUCUCAGUUUCAGUGUUGAUUGUCUUGAAGUUGUGCUGUGUUACUUUGUGUUGUUUCUGAGUAUUUUGAAAACUUAUUGUGCUUCAAGUGAAUAUUGGAUAUUUAUUUCGUGUAUUAAUCGCACUAUGCUAAUAGGCGGGCAUUGUUGGCGAUGACGCUGCCCGUGUCUAGUUAUGAGGAGCUGCUGACGCGCGUGCGCAGUCUGACUCAGGAGACCCGGCAGCUGCAGCGGCAACUAGACAGUCCUCUGCUCGACCAAAAUGACAACGAACACUCGAUGAACUCUUGGGAUACACCAGGGACUGGAUGGAACUUCACUCCCAGGGCUGCUCCUCCAUCCCUGAGUGCCACAACACCUGAUGCUCUACUUACUUCGGGUGAUGGGGAUCCUGAUCCAAAGGGAAGUCGCUCACGAAGUAUGUCGGCCUAUUUCAGAAACAUUCAAGUGUAUCAGUGUAUAAUCCAGUAUAUCAGAUGGGCCCGUUAAAUUAUCGGUCCCGGCUGAAGUAGACAGUCGUGAGUCCCAUUGACGGCAUAAAUGAUAUAUUCAGGCUAGGUGGAACUUCCGUCAGGGACUCCCCACUAAUAAAAGUCACACAAAUAUUAUUAUUAUCCAGUAUAUAACUGGUGUAACCAAGUGUAACUUGGUUAUUGCGGCUUCGACAACAGGUAUAUAACAGCAUUUAGGGUUUGCCAAACUAUA